AACGUUUUACGGCGCCUCUCACUUUCGACCUGAUCUCCCUCUUUCACGAACCAAAAUCAAGUUAAUACUCACGUUAGAGCUGCACAUUUCCACGGAUAACUUAUAAGCUCGGUGUUGGGGAACAAGCCCUGAAAAUAUGGGUUUUAACGCUACACAUUUGUCAAACCCCCCAUCUUCCCUGAGGGCCGCGUCCACCUCGGUUCACAAUGGAGACAUGAAACAAGAUACGCCUGAAACAUUCGACCAGCCCAGAGAGAUGAAGGCAAGGGAGACGGUGCUGGGCAGGACUGGAGGCCGACUUGUUCACUCCUUGACGUCUUGCUACCGCCACAUGUUCGGAAGCGGAUAUCGGAACACGGGACCUCCCCAAAACCUCGAGGAUGAAGGUGGGCGUGGUCUAUGAAGGAUCAGCCGUGAUUCAUCCGGACAUGCCCCGAGCUGCUUUCCCACCGCGAUUCAUGGCAUCUGCUCCUUCAACUGACGUUAGUUCAACUUCUGUCGAUGCUUCCGGCCAUUCGUCCCAUACAGCACGUCCCUUCACUGUGACCUCUACCUUGAACAGGCCUGAGGAUAUCUACUCCCUCCUCCAAACCCAGAAGCCUAGCCAGCGUCACCUCGUUGAUGCCUCGCGAUUCUGGGCUGUUCUCAUUGGCAUCGACGCGUAUCCAAAUUCUUCAUUAAAAGGCUGCGUAUCGGAUGCCAUUUUAAUGGAAAUGUUCCUGCACGAACAUCUGGGUGUACCGAAGGGUCGUAUAGAGAGCCUGCUUAGUUCGGAUGACCCCAAUUUAACAGGCAAAACCCUUCCCCCUUCCCGCGACAACAUUAUUCGAAAGCUCCACAGCCUCAUCGACAACGCCAAUAUAAACGAAGGUGAAAACAUCAUCAUCUACUUCGCCGGACAUGGCGCGAGCUACCAAUGCGCACAUCGUCGUGAUUCGCCCUCUUGCAAGGGCGAACUCUGUGGCAUUGAAGCUAUUUGCCCUGUUGACCGCAACGACGCCGCCGACAGUGGCCCUACGAUUCCCGACAUCAGCGACCGAGAGUUCAACAGCAUCCUCACUCAGAUAUCCCAGGCGAAGGGUCCUAACAUUACCGUCAUUCUUGAUUGCUGCUACUCGGCUGGCGCGCAACAAGGGAUGCGGAGGAAGGAGUGCGCGCGGCCCCUGAAUUAAAACGCAGUUUACUUGAGAAAGCACUGAAGGCCGCGGAUGAGAGCAUGAGACGUUUUCCUAGCUAUGUAUCGGUUUCGGAUGGCAACUGGUUCUUUGACAUGAAAUCUCAUGUCGUCGUUGCUGCCUGUGCCGAGUAUGAGAAGGCGAAGGAGACUUCCGGGCCCGAUGGAGAAGGCUACAAUGGGUGCUUUACACGAGCACUCAUUCGUACUCUCAUAUCCAACUGGACGAAUGAAUUGACAUACAAUGAUCUCAUCGAGCAUAUUACGAAGGAUUUAGAAGGACAGGGCAAUUACCAAGGCCCGGUGGUUGCUGGAGAACGAAGGAAAGAGCGUGUUUGGUUUUCUAAGUGACGAGGCUGUACGCAAUACAUCUACUUAGGUCCACAUUAUUUACUUGUAUGACGGAGGCUUCUUUACAGACGAAGUCCGUACAUUGGCCUCAGGAUCUGUAUCUAAUUAUU